AUGGCCGACCUGCAGAGCAAGAUGGACGCCCACCAACAUGACAUCGACCGCGCCAAGGAGCAGAUCCACGACACGACCCAGAAGGCCGACUCGUACCUGACGGAUUUGACGAAGCGUGUCGAGGAGUACGAGAAGUCUCACUCGAACUUCGAGCCCGCGGGCCAAUACCUCAAGUCGGCGCUGGACGCCUCGCGCUCGGCGACGCAGAAGCUGAAGACUCAGGGCCAGGACCUGUCGGAGCGAUCGGUGCCGGUGGCGAUCGAUGGCAUGAACAAGGUUCGCGAGUCGCUCGACGACCUCCAGACUCGAGCUGUGGCCUACGACGAGAAGUACGUGGGCUCGCGGGGCCAGCAGGCCGUGGACACGUUGCACCACUGGGUGAACUCGGGCCGCCAACGCGCCACAGACGCGCUGGAAACGACCAACGACCAGCUCACGAAGUUGUGUGAUGCCGUCAGCAACAUGGCCGGCCAGGCUGCCCACGGUGCUCAAGUGGCAGUGGGCGAAGCUGCCCGCGCUGCGGAGUUUGGUGACGAGAAGCUGGGCGUGAGCAGCAAGGCCGGCGGCGUCGUGCAGAAGGUCCGCGACUUGGACGCGCGCCUGGGCGUGUCGGCGACGGCUGCGAAGGUGGACUCGAAGGUGACCGGCGGCCUCGGAUGCAAGGUGGCCGCCACCACUGUGGACAUUGUGACCGAGAGCGUGACCUACAUCUCGGAGACGCUGCACAACGCCAAGCUGGCGGCCCAGCAAUCGAGCACGGCGCAGAGCAUGGAGACGAAGGCCGCGGCAGCUACCGGUGCGGCUGUAGCGAAGAAGAACGAGGUCCAGGAAACUUUCGCUGAAGGGUUUGAGCGUGGCCGGGAGAUGGCCGGCAUGGCAAAGGAGAAGACCGAAGAAAAGGCUGGCAUGGCGAAGGAGAAGGCCGGGGAGGUGAAGGACAUGACUGCUGAGAAGGCCGACCAGACCAAGGAGAUGGCAAAGGAGAAGUCCGGCAUGGCAAAGGAAAAAGCUGGUGAGAUGAAGGAUACGGCAGCGGAGAAGGCUGGUCAAGCGAAGGAGAUGACCAAGGACAAGGCUGGUCAGUCGAAAGGGGUUGUCGGCCAAGCUGUGGACAAGGCUGGCGAGGUGAAGGACGAGGCGAAGGAGCAGCUCGGGUCCGCUGCAGACUCUGCGAAAGGGGCGGGCACCCGAGUGGAAGCGAAGAUGACCAAGCCCAAGGAGCCGACUACGACCCAGGAGCAGACCAACACGGAAAAGGCUCUGGAGGCCGCGAAGCAGACGUGCGCGAAGGAAUCGGAGGCUGCGAAGACUGCUGCAGGCACGGCCCACAAGGAGAUAAAGGGCAAGCACGCGGGUUCCAAGUGA